AUGUCGGUCACAUUACACACUUCUCAUGGCGACAUCAAAAUCGAAGUCUAUAUCGAGACCACACCAAAAGCGGCAGAGAACUUCCUCGCUCUUUGUGCUUCCGGCGCAUACGAUGAAACUCCUUUCCACAGGCUAGUACCUGAUUUUAUGGUACAAGGAGGAGACACUUCGCAAUCUCCUGAAAAUACAGAAGAGCAUCCAGUACAAAAAGGUGGUGUUUCGAUCUGGAAUGACUACUUCGAGGACGAGAUCAGGAUUCCUGCUUUGCGACAUAAUAUGAGAGGAGUUGUGUCCAUGGCCAACAAAGGUCCAGGCACGAACGGAAGCCAGUUCUUCAUCACUCUCAAGGACACGCCUCAUCUAGACGGGAAGAAUACAAUUUUCGGCAAGGUAAUAGAUGGUGCUGAAGAGGGUGGUACACUAGAGAGGUUAGAGUCGAUUGAAGUGGACAAGAAGUACAGGCCGAAGUCUGAAAAGGUCGUAUUGAAGAGCGUGACAAUACAUGCCAAUCCAUUGGCAAGCUAG